AUGGUGGAACUGCCGGACCCCACCAUUGACCUGGACUGGACCGGUUAUGUCGGUUCAAUCCAGUCGCAUUUUGUCGAGAACGCAAAAAAAUAUCCAGACCGAGUAUGCGUGGUGGAAACGAAAUCGUCCGAAGGUCCUGAGAGGAGGUUCAACUACAGACAGAUCUACGAGGCAGCUAAUACUCUGGCUCACUACCUCCACGAUGCAGGAGUCACCAAUGGGGAUGUCGUUAUGAUCUGGGCCCACCGCUCUGUUGACUUGGUUGUGAGCAUCAUGGGCACUCUGAUGUCUGCCGCAACGAUGAGUAUCCUUGAUCCCGCCUACCCACCGGCAAGGCAGCAGAUAUAUCUGGAGGUUUCCCAGCCUUGCGCCUUGGUUAACAUUGCAAGGGCAACGGAUGAGGCUGGUCCUUUAGCCCCAAUUGUGCGAAAGUAUAUUGAUGAAGAGCUCAAACUGAAGGCUGAGGUCCCUUCCCUGCGUAUCCAUGACAAUGGCUUUUUGUCCGGGGGCGAGAUUGACGGCACAGAUAUCUUUGCCCAGGUCAGAGCGAAGGCUUCUUCACCUCCAGAUACUCUUGUGGGGCCUGACAGUAACCCCACGCUCUCCUUCACUUCUGGUAGUGAAGGAAAACCGAAAGGUGUACUCGGGCGUCAUUUCAGUUUGGCCAAGUACUUUGACUGGAUGGCCGAGAGAUUUGAACUUACUUCAGAGAGCAGAUUUACUCUCUUGUCCGGAAUUGCGCAUGAUCCUGUUCAACGAGAUAUUUUCACUCCCCUAUUUCUUGGUGCACAGUUAUUGGUUCCCUCCAAGGAGGAUAUCCAACAUGAGAGGCUUGCGGAAUGGAUGGCCGAACACAAGCCCACAGUUACUCAUUUAACACCGGCUAUGGGUCAGAUUCUUGUUGGAGGCGCAUCCGCCAAAUUUCCCUCCUUGGAUAGGGCGUUCUUUGUUGGCGACGUUUUGACUACGAGAGACUGUAGGAGUCUUAGGGAACUUGCCGUUAACGUCAACAUUGUUAACAUGUAUGGAACCACUGAAACUCAGCGAGCAGUAAGCUACUAUGAAAUACCCAGUCGCGCAAAGGAUCCCAAUUUCUUGGACAAACUCAAGGAUACUGUGCCAGCUGGGAAGGGAAUGAAGGAUGUACAGCUCUUAACCGUCAAUCGAGAAGAUCGAACCAAGUUAUGCAAGAUUGGAGAAGUGGGAGAGAUUUACGUCCGCGCUGCUGGCCUUGCUGAGGGUUACAAAGGGGAUAAGGCGUUGAACGACCAAAAGUUUCUGAUGAAUUGGUUUGUGGACAACGAGAAAUGGGUCGAAGCUGACAAGAAGAAUGACAAAGGUGAGCCGUGGAGGAAGUACUAUAAGGGACCUCGAGACAGACUUUAUCGGACUGGUGACCUUGGGAGAUACUUGGAGACAGGAGAUGUGGAAUGUACAGGUCGCGCAGAUGACCAGGUCAAGAUCCGAGGCUUCCGAAUCGAGCUCAAUGACAUUGACAAUAAUUUGCGCCAACACCCUUUAAUCAGAGACUGCAAGACUCUUGUCCGGAGAGAUAUAUAUGAGGAGCAAACGCUCGCUAGUUACAUUGUCCCGGAACUGAAGGAGUGGCCCCAAUGGCUCAAAAGUCGAGACCUCGAGGAUAUUGAGGAUGAAGGGACUGAUAUUGGCUCUGCAAUUAUCUAUUCCAAGCGCUUUAGGCGAAUGCAAACUGAAGUAAGGGAUCAUUUGAAAGGACGUUUACCCAGCUACGCGGUUCCGACAAUAUUUAUUUUCCUUAACAAGUUACCCCUUAAUCCGAAUGGGAAAGUCGAUAAGCAGAAACUCCCGUUACCUGAUAUUGUAGAACAGGCCGAGCCUGCUUCCUCUGAGGAUUUGAAGAGAUGGGAGUCGAUGUCUGAAACGGAGCGAACUGUUGCUACCAAGUGGGCUGGACUUAUUCGUGGACUUAACGCAAAGACCAUUAUCCCUGAGAACGACUUCUUCGAUCUUGGAGGCCACAGCAUCCUGGCCCAACAAAUGUUGCUAACCAUCCGCAAAGAGCUCGGGGUGAAUGUUUCAAUAAACACUUUUUACGAACAUCCAAACUUAGGAGGAUUUAGUGCCCAAGUUGAUAAACAACUCAGCUUAAAGAAUGGCGUCGUGGAAAGCGGUGGCGCCACGGAAGCAGAUAAGCAUUCCUCAUAUUCCCAGUCUCUAGACGAGCUUCUCAAGAAACUACCUGAUACAUACCAAACGGCUGAUCCAGAAAUCAUUCGCAACUCGCCACAUCUCACUGUCUUCCUUACUGGUGCGACUGGCUUCUUGGGCUCCUACAUUAUCAAGGACAUUAUGGAGAGAACCAGUCCUGCUAUCAAUCUCAUUGUCCACAUGAGAGGUGUAAAGGAUUUAAAAGCUGCACUCUAUCGACUUCGACGGUCCCUACAGGGCUACGGCCUAUGGCAAGAGGAGUGGGCAAGUCGACUGAGCUUCGUCGUCGGCGACUUGUCAAAACCGCAAUUCGGUAUUCACCAGCAAGCUUGGCAGAGGCUAGCCCAGGAAGUCGAUUUAGUGAUCCACAAUGGUGCUUUAGUCCAUUGGGUUCGGAGAUACAACGACAUGAUGGCCGCAAACGUCCUUUCAACACUCGACGCCAUGAGGCUUUGCAACGAAGGAAAACCGAAGAUUUUCACCUUUGUGAGUUCCACCAGUGUCCUUGACACUGACCACUAUGUCAAACUCUCAGAUCAGCGGCUGAGCACUGGCCGAGGUUCCAUAUCAGAAGAUGAUGAUCUGGAGGGCAGCCGAACCGGUCUUGGAACCGGCUACGGACAGACAAAGUGGGUGUCUGAGCAACUCGUCCGUGCAGCCAGUAAAAGGGGCCUGCUCGGUUCUGUGAUUCGACCCGGAUACAUCUUAGGUGAUACAGAGACAGGAGUCUGUAAUACCGAUGACUUCUUGAUCCGUAUGCUGAAAGGCUGUAUUCAAUUAUCAAGCCGACCACACAUCGUCAACACUGUAAAUUCUGUUCCGGUGAAACAUGUCGCCCGAGUGGUUGUGGCUGCGGGCCUCAACCCCCUCCCAGGCGGCGUACACGUCGUCCAUGUUACUGGUCACCCCCGCCUACGUAUGAACGAAUACCUCUCCUUCCUUGAAUUUUAUGGCUAUAAAGUCCUCGAAGUCGACUAUGACAUUUGGAAGGAUGAGCUCGAGAAAUAUGUGUCAGCUGGUGGUUCAGAAAAGGAUCAGGAACAACACGCCCUGAUGCCACUCUACCACUUCUGUGUUAACGAUCUACCAGCUACAACUCGAGCUCCCGAACUUGAUGACAGAAAUGCCGUCAAGAUCCUGAAGGCUGAUGCAGUGAACUGGACUGGGGUUGAUGAAAGUGCCGGUUAUGGCAUCACAAGGGAGGACGUGGGCAGAUACCUAAGCUACCUGGCAGAAAUCGGGUUCGUGAGUCGCCCAUCGGUCAAAGGGCGGCCACUACCUAAGGUCAAUAUCAGUGCAGCGCAGCUGGAAGCUGUGGGAGCUGUGGGUGGUCGUGGUAGUGUGCCAAAGUAA